GUCGCGCAUAGAACAUAAAACAACCGAAAAGAAGCCAAGCGGGAGAGAGUACCAAAAAGAAGAGAAGCGAAGCGAGAGAGACGAAAAUGGCGAGGAAUUUAGGGGUUUUGAUAUGGCAGUUGCUUGGCAAUCGCAACAACCCGUGUGCAGCAGGUCUUCAUCAUCUUCACCAAAAACCCUUCCAAAACCUAACUUCAGUACCAAAUACCACACCAUCUUCACCGCACACAAUCGAUAUCCGGUCCGCUUCCAAACCCUUGUCCAAUUAUUCCAUUCACACCCCAAACCUUCAAUUUCUGCAACAGAGACGACGCCUCUCCUCAUCCUCACUCUCAGAGUCAGAUUCAGAUUCAGAUUCAAAACAUUUACUUUCAGGUCCCUCAAACCUAUUCGUCAUACAGGGCAUGGCUGUGCAUACCAAGGCAGUUGACAAUGUUAAACCCCGUAAGUGGAUAACUCCAAUCUUUGAUGAGUUGUUGAGCAAUUCCAACAUAUAA